AUGCUGGCUACGUUGGCGGUCGCCAUUGGGUUGGCGGCCUUACGAGUGCAAGCCCAUUAUUUUGGGCCGGUUUUCCGGAAUAAUGGAUUUGGGGCAACACACGGCGCGUCACGGGGGGCGCCCCUGCCACUACCGGCGGUGUACGAGAGUUCCGGCGCCGUUUUGCGGGUCGACGCGGCGCGCUUCCGGUUCGGGAUCGAGGGGAACACGUGCGACAUCCUGGAGGAGGCGGUGAGGCGGUACGAGGCGCUCACGUUCGAGCCGGCGAAGCUGAAAGCCUGCGGGGGGACGAGGCGAGACUGCGACCCGGGCGAAUGCCUGAGCCAGCUCCGCAUCCGCCUCCGCUCACCGUGCGAAAAAUGGCCUUCAAUGCAUAUGGACGAGCAAUACACGUUGAAGGUGAGCACGGAGUCGAAGGGCGGAGCGACCCUCUCGGCAUCGAGCAUCUGGGGCAUCCUCCGCGGACUCGAGACCUUCAGCCAGAUCGUUUACUACGACUGCCAGUUCCUAGUGAACACGACUUCCAUCUCGGACUGGCCCCGCUACGCCUGGAGAGGCUUGCUCCUGGACACUUCCCGCCAUUUCCUGCCCAAGACGACCAUCUUCGAGACGCUGGACCUGAUGGCGAUGCACAAGCUCAACGUCUUUCACUGGCACAUCGUCGACGACCACUCUUUCCCCUACGAAUCCGCCCGAUUCCCCUUCCUCAGUAAGAACGGGUCGUAUGCGCCGGACCGAGUCUACAGGAGGAAGGACGUCAAGGAAAUCUUGGAAUAUGCAAGAUUACGGGGAAUCAGAGUUGUGCCAGAAUUCGACACGCCCGGCCAUAUGCAGUCGUGGGGAAGGGCCUUGCCGGGAUUGCUCACCGCCUGCCGGGGAGCGAGCGUAUGGAAGAUGUUCUUGGACUUGCCGGAGUACGGGCCCAUCGACCCCAGCCGCGAGGAGAACUACGCCUUCCUCCGCAAAUUCUUCGGGGAGGUCCUCGAGACCUUCCCGGACCGAUUUCUGCAUCUCGGGGGUGACGAAGUGGAUUUCCUCUGCUGGAAAAUGAAUGGCGAUAUUUGGGAUUUCAUGACGCGGCAGAACAUCUCGAGCUUCGAGGGUCUGCAGGCCUACUACAUGAACAGGCUCGUCAAGCUCCUCGACGGCGUAUCGUCCGAGAAGAAAAACUACUUGGUAUGGCAGGACGUUUUCGACAACGAAGUUCGGUUGAGUCCCGACGCCGUCGUUCACGUCUGGAAGGGAAACUGGGAGACGGAAUUGGCAAAGGUGACAAACGCUGGGAAUGCAGCACUGCUUUCGUCUUGCUGGUACCUCGACUACAUCUCCUACGGGACGGACUGGGAGAACUACUACAAGUGCGACCCGGAGAACUUCCCAGGCAACACUGCCCAGAAGAUGCUCGUCCUCGGUGGAGAAGUCUGUCUGUGGGGAGAAUUCGUGGACGAGACGAACCUCCAUUCUCGACUGUGGCCGCGAGGAUCGGCUGCAGCGGAACGGCUGUGGUCCCCGAGGGAGGCGCAAGACGCGGACUUCUUCGCUUCCAGGAUGAACGAGCACCGGUGCCGUCUCCGCCGUCGAGGCUUCCCGGCUCAGCCCAUCAACGGCCCCGAUUCUUGCGAUCAGAGGAAGAAAUCUUUCCUGUACGAUUCGAUUUGUGGUACUAACUUAUGUCUUUCCCCUAAACGUUGA